AUGCCCACUACGACCCGUAGCAAUACUCCCAAGUUGGAACAAGUACCGUUGUAUUCUGAAUCUGAAUCUGAUUCCGUCAAUGGUGGUUCCGAAGUCUUUGCGAACGACAGCGGUGGUGGUAAGGAAGAUAUGGAUGGUAGUGGCAACCACAAACAUCAUUUCGAUGAUCAUGAAGCCCUGGAGUUGGCCAAGAAGGAAGACACGUAUGUUUGGUAUUUGCGAUUUGUGGUGACGGCCUUGUUGGGUGCCAUGGCUUUGGCGGUUUGCCUUUCCGUCUACUUUGUGACCAAGCGCAGCGAAGAAGCGGACAUGGAGAAUGACUUUGUCGAUUUGAGUGAAAAGUUGGUGGACACCUUUGAACUAACCUUUCAACAACGAUUUGGGAUUGUGGACAACUUUGCACAAGAGUUUACAUCAUAUGAGAAGGAUGCACCGAAUGUGACAUGGCCUCUCGUAACCAUGCCCGACUUUGAGCGCCGUGCGGGACGAACGGCCGCCUUGGCUGAUCUCUUUUGUAUCUUGAUCUUGCCCAUGGUGCCCGCCGAGCAACGCGUCGAAUGGGAACAGUAUGCUGUCGCCAAUCAAGGAUGGAGAGGAGAAGGCUUGGCAUUGCAACAGGGGAUUCCUAUAGAGGAUGUGGAGGUGGGAGAACUCCGACCCCGGAUGUUCAAAGUCCUUGACAAUGGCACCCGAGUUCCCGAAGAUCGACCGGGACCCUACUUUCCCAUUUGGCAAACCUUUCCCGCGGUAGACUUUUCUGGUCAUACUCAUUUGAACCUAUACAGGUGGAAGCCUUUGUACACCAACAGCAUUGAUGCCAUUUUGAAACAAAAGAAACCCGUACUACCCGCCAGUUACGACUAUUGGGGGGCUCCCAAGGAUGACCUUCGAAGAGUUGUCUUUAACAAGUAUGUUGCAAGUUAUUCCAGGUACAGCUCACAGACAUACGAGGACGAUCCAGUCAUGUCAUUCUUCUAUCCCAUCUUUGACAGACUAGAUGGGAAACCACAGGAUCGGGAAGUAAAGGCCGUGCUUUUGGGCGCCAUCUACUGGAGGACAUACUUCAAUGGAAUCCUACCUCCUGGAGCCAAUGGCAUUCAUGUCAUUCUCGAAAAUCAAUGUGAUCAGACAUAUACCUAUCGUGUUGAUGGGACAGAAGCUCAGUUCCUGGGUCAUGGGGACCUUCAUGACACCAAGUACGACUACCUUGAAACACAAGUCGAUCUAACUCUGGGCAAGGAUAUCUAUGCCUAUGACAACAACCAAGAAGAGCAAGACCAAGAUCGCCUGGAAGCAGAUUGCCGUUACAAGCUUCGAGUGUAUCCCUCUCAGGAAUUUCACGAUGACCACACUUCCAAUAAACCCCUCUUGUACACGAUUUCGCUUGCCGCAGUCUUCAUCUUCACGUCCGCGGUCUUUCUCCUCUACGAUUACUGUGUGGAACGUCGUCAAAAGGUCCUUCUCAAAUCGGCACGGCAGUCGGGAGCCAUUGUGCAGAAUUUGUUCCCCGAAAAUGUACGAAAUAGAAUGUAUCAAGAACAAGAGGAAGAAGACAAGAUGAGAGAUGGAAAGGAUACUUGGAAGGCAGAUGGGGGUACUGGUGCAGCGGGCUUUCACGGGAGACCCAAUGCGGACUUGUUCCAAGAGACCACUGUCUUUUUUGCUGAUUUGGUUGGAUUCACAGCUUGGAGUUCCAAACGAACCCCAGUAGAAGUCUUCGAGUUGCUCGAGGCUCUGUAUGGAGCCUUUGACAAAAUUGCAAAGCGCCGUAAAGUAUUUAAGGUCGAGACGAUUGGUGACUGCUAUGUAGCAGUGACUGGGAUUCCAGAGCCACAGGAUAACCAUGCUGCUAUCAUGGCUCGAUUUGCUGUCAGUUGCAUGGCAGAGAUGAACCGAAUGACUCAUGAUGAGUUGGCUGAGACCUUGGGGGAAGACACGAAAGACCUAGAAAUGAGGGUUGGACUUCACAGCGGGCCCACAACUGCCGGAGUACUCCGUGGUGAGAGAGGCCGCUUCCAGCUCUUUGGAGAUACGGUGAACGUGGCUUCCCGCAUGGAGAGUAAUGGUGUCCGCGGCAGAAUCCAUGCAUCACAAAGCACUGCAGAUGCUUUGACGGCAUCUGGCAAAGGCCACUGGUUGACUCCUCGAGAAGAAAAGAUCCUGGCCAAAGGCAAAGGUGAGAUGCAGACCUACUGGGUCCAGAUCAACCCAGGAACAGCGCGAACUGGUCUAUCUUCUGCCCAUUCGAAUCAUUCCGGUGGUGACAAACAUGGUCUAUCUUCUGCCCAUUCGAAUCAUUCUACUGGUUACGAAAAUGAAUUUGAUGCUGUGGCCGAUGUCUAG